UUGAAUUGAAGCUAACAUUUUUAUUUGUUUCGCAGCAGUCGUGUGAAGUAGUUCAAAUAUUUCCUUGUUUUUUGACAGUUUAAGAAAAAACAGUAAAGAAAUGUCACAGAUUUUACAAAACAUCUUUCACGAAUACGAUCCUAUAACUUCGCAAUUGCCCUUCUUGGGGUCACCUGUAAGCAUUAUCGCGCUUUCGCUGUGCUACCUCAUUGUUGUGCUGCUCAUCGGUCCGGCCUUUAUGCGAAAUCGAAAGCCAUUUAACAUAAAAAAUGUGAUAUUGACUUAUAAUUUUCUGCAAAUAAUCGCCAACUGCUGGCUGUGUUACUUAUUUGUAAGCAUAUUCUAUGCACAACGCGCCGAUGUUCCCGAUUUUGGUUGCCUGUCGAAAUUCGAACACUCGCCCGCCCUACAAAAGAUCAACGUUUAUGGACUAUACGCUUUCUACAUAUUGAAGCUGAUCGAUUAUGUGGAAACGGUUUUCUUUGUGCUGCGCAAGAGCUUCAAACAGGUAUCGUUCCUGCACGUCUACCACCACAUUAUGAUGAGCCUAUUCGUCUACUACCUGGGCACCUACUAUGGCGCCGCGGGUCAAUACUGCAGUGUCAUCCCAUUGAAUUGUGCAGUGCAUGGCUUCAUGUACACUUAUUACUUAGUGGCAGCCCUCCAGCCAAACAUGAAAAUGGGCUUGUGGUGGAAGAAAUACAUAACGAUAUUGCAAUUGGGGCAAUUCGUGUUAGUGUUCAUUCAUCAUUCCUAUCCGCUGCUCUUCCGGACUAAGUGUGCCUUUCCGAAGGGACUGCUGUUGUUCGCUGUGUGUCAGUGCAUUAUAAUGAUCUGGCUUUUUGGCAAUUUCUAUCGACGCACAUAUUUGCGAACGAAUCAAAAAGUGAAGGCGAGCAGAAGUGGUGAAACAAGUGUUAAGAGUAAUUAAAUAUUUAAUUUAGAAAUAAUAAAUUUUUGCACUUUA